GCAUCAAAGUUUCCUUCAUGAGACUAAGAAUCAUUUCUAUUUCCAAUAGGAAUAACUCUUUCUUUAAGUCAUUCUUUCAACCCUUCUCUAUCGAACUCUUUCUCUCAUUUAUUCUAUUUUCAACCAACAAUUACAUACCCUUUCAUCAUUUUUUUUUCCAAUAUGUCUAGAAUGAGGCUAUCAAAGAAAUUUAAACCAUGCAAGAAAGCAUGGAAGAACCUCUCAAACACUCUCCAAUCAAAAUUCAACAAAAUCGACAUAUCAAAAUCUUUAAAAGCAGCCCUUCAAUACCUUAUUUCACUCUUUCAUUCCCUCACUCAUCUAAUAACCUCAAAGGGUACUCAUAGAUCUAUCACUUCUUCUAGAUCAUAUGCUACAACUUCAAAUUACUACCAUGUUCAGCACAAGAACUUUGCAACUAUUCAAAUAAAUGAACUUUGCAACAAGAGUAGUAGUAAUAAUAGUAUUCACCAUGUUCAAGGUGAAACAAGUAGAGAAAGUAGUGAAAAAGUGCAUGGUGACAAAAACAACAAAAAUAGUGACAUAAAUACUAUAGAGGAUGCAUGGAAAGCUGUGGUAGCUAAAUCUCCAAUGAUGCAAGUGGAUCAAAAAGCUGAAGAAUUUAUUUACAAAUUUCGUGAAGAUAUGAGGCUUCAAAAAGAGAAAUCAUUGCUUGAAUUUCAUGAGAGGCUAGCUCGAAGUACUUAAAUUUAAUAAUUUAUAUUACAUCAUUCAUUUUUUUUUACUUUGAAAUAUAUAUAGUACUUGAUUUAAUAUGAUAUACAUAUCAUGGCUUUAUUUAAUUUUUUUUUUUCUACUUUCAUUUUGAGUUCUAUUGAGAAGCAAAGUUUUUCUUUUUUUGCUUUGACAAUAAAUAGCAAAUAAUUUGUAAUUAGCCCAUAGUUAAUGGUUUUGGAAUGAUGUGUGAAGAAUUGAAGAUGUAUAAAAAACUUGUAAUGAAUUUUUUUUUUCUUCUUAUUUUCAUUAUUUUGUAAUUUUUUUUUUGUUCACAGUGAAAAACCGAUGGAUUGGGUAUAUUGUUUUUUUUUUUUUAAUCAGACAAUAAUAAAAGUGUGUAUAGAUUAUAUAAAAUA